UUUGCAAAACUGUAGGCACAAUUCACUGCACAACACUCUUUUUGCAGAACUUUAAACACAACUCACUGCUUACACUCAAUUACCAAAUUUCCAACACACUCCUAGCAAAAUUAUACACAUGUAUGGCUAUCAUUAACACUAUUUUGCCAACUGUCUGGCACACUUUCACAUGUGAAAACUGUUUUAGAUAAUUAGUUCACUUUGCAAUCAGGCUAAGCACUAUAAAUAAGCCACAGGUAAGCUGUCUGUGUGGAGUACAAUGGAAGGAGCAGGAAGAGUGAGAAGAGUGAGAAUCAGAGGAGGCCGAGGACGCCGAGGGAGAGGACGUGGAGGUGAAGAAGUUGGAGGAAGAGGACGUGGAGGUGAAGAAGUUGGAGGAAGAGGACCUGGAGGUGAAGAAGCGAGAGGGUUAGAGGAAGUUAGAGGAAGAGGACAAGGAGGAGCAAGAAGAGGACGAGGAGGCCGAGGAAGAGGACGUGGAGCUGAAGAAGCGAGAGGGUUAGAGGAAGUUAGAGGAAGAGGACAAGGAGCAGCAAGAAGAGGACGAGGAGGGGAAAGAGGAAGGGUAAGAAGAGUAAGAAAUAGAAUAACUGAUGACAUCAGAGCUACAAUAGUGGACCAUGUCAUCAACCAUGGGAUGACCCUGAGGGAAGCUGGCCAAUGGGUUCAGCCUAAUUUGAGCCGCUACACUGUGGCAAGCAUCAUUAGGACAUUUCGAAAUGAGAAUCGAAUUGCUAGACGUCCAGAUGUUGGGGGCAGAGGAAGAAUGUUCACUCCAGAGCAAGAGACCCAUAUAGUGAACAUGGUCAUUGCCAAUAAUGCAAUAAGACUGCGCGAAAUACAGCAGCGCAUAAUUGAUAAUGACACCAUCUUUCAAAAUAUACACAGUGUAAGCAUUUCUGCACUAAGUCGUGUACUUGCACGCCACAGAAUAAGAAUGAAGCAAAUUUACAGAGUUCCUUUCGAGAGAAACACAGAACGUGUAAAGCAACUGCGAUAUGACUAUGUGCAGAGAGUGAUGGAACUAGAAGCAGAUGCCAUGGGACAUGAGCUACUUUUUGUAGAUGAGGCCGGUUUUAACCUCAGUAAAACCAGGAGACGUGGCAGGAACAUUAUUGGACACCGUGCCAUCAUCAAUGUCCCAGGACAACGUGGUGGUAACAUAACCAUGUGUGCAGCUAUUAGCCAAAAUGGUGUUGUUCACCAUCAUGCAACCAUAGGCCCAUACAACACUGCACACAUUAUUGCAUUCCUGGACACCUUACAUGACAUGCUCACUGUUCAGAGACCAGAGCAUACCCGAUAUGUCAUCAUAUGGGACAAUGUUAGUUUCCAUAGGGCUGCUUUGGUCCGCAACUGGUUUACAGACCACCCAUUCUUCAUGGCACUCAACCUCCCUCCAUACUCUCCAUUCUUAAAUCCCAUCGAGGAGUUCUUCUCUGCCUGGCGCUGGAAAGUGUACGACCGUCAUCCUCAUCAACAGGUAGCCCUUUUACAGGCAAUGGAGGAGGCAUGUGGAGAUAUUGACCAGGCAUCAUGUCAGGCCUGGAUACGGCAUUCAAGGAGAUAUUUUCCCCGGUGCCUUGGACUGGAGGAUAUCGCAUGCGAUGUGGACGAAAUUUUGUGGCCGGACCCAGAAAGACGACAUGAUGUAGACUGAUUUUUUUUUUUUUUGUGAAAUUAGUAAAUUACUAUUUUGUGUUCUGACUUUGUCUUGGUUUUGAUGAGUGUGAAUAAACACCAAUACUUGAA